AGACAACUUCUUCCUCGUCACCGACCACGGUGUACAAGCUACAGCACCCAGUGCGCUCAUGAUUCGUGCGCUGUCUGCCCCGAGGGCGGUGGGGGCACCCUCCGGUCGGGUCGUCGUACGGGUUACACGUCGCCGGUACGCGACCGAACCUCCAACUGUACCACCGAAGAAAAAGAAGAGCAUAGUACGGCGCCUUCUUUUCUACACGGCAGCGGGAACAGCUACUUUCUACAUCGGCAGCGCAUUUGUCGCGUUCAAGUAUCCGCCAUACAAUGACGUCUUCGUGCAGCAGGUACCGCUAGGUGCUGCUGUCGUGCAGUACGGCGAAGACCACGACUGGGACACUCUUACUGUCGAGAAAGCCAUUGCCUACGGCAAAGGCGUCUACAAUUACCUGCAGGGUUUCGUAGGCGGGCAGGAACGGGGCGAUGUUCUCCAGCGCGCGAAGGACGCUAUGGGCAAGACCAAGGAGACGGUGGUGCAUAGUGUCGAGGCUUCCACGGAGGCAAUCCAGGAAGCCGUGCAGAACCGCGUGCAGGAGACGAAGGACCGCAUGAAGCAGGCUGCCGAGUCGAUGAAGACGAGCGUGCGGAAGACCGAGGGAGGGAUGGCCGAGAGGAGUGCAAGGGUGAAGGAGGUCGUCAAGCACGAGGCCGUGCAGUUCUCCGAAGGUGUCGAGGACCUCGUGCGCAAGGCAGAGGCCGCACUUGCUGGUCGCGCCGUUGACAAGUUGCCCGAGGCGACCACAACACCCGCGCAGCCCGAGGUCGUCUCCCCACAACCUCGAGAUAACAAGGCCGAGGAGACAUCCCCCAAGGAUCUGCUCAAUGGCGGUAACGUCUACGGGGCACCUCUACCCAUCGGCUUCGAGCCUCCCCCUGGCUUCUCGCGCCCGGCACCGCCGAAGAAAGCCGCACCUCCAGCAGAGCCCGCUGAGGCGAAGCCUGCACCUGCACCACUUCCCCUUGUCGCCCCUGCUGUAUCAGAGUUCGGUGCAUCGGAACCUGUCAUUGCACAGCUGGCCUCAGUCAUCGACAACCUCGCAUCCUUCCUGAACGCCAACCCAACAGCGGCUGACAAGGCACGAGACAUCCUUGACACGGCCACGACCGACUUGACGGCCCUCGCGUCGCGGAUUGAUCAAGUCAAGGCGGAGGAGCGGACGAAGCUUGAGGCAAGGCUGGAUGAGCAGACGCGCGAGUACACUCUCAAACUCCUUGAGCUCGAGAUGGAAGCGCAGGACAAGCUCGACAGCCAGGAGCAGGGCUUCCGCAAGUUCUUCGACGAGGAGAGGACCAAGUUCGUGCAGGCUUACCGGGAGAAGCUCAACCGCGAGCUGCAAACUCAGAGCGAGAUCAUCAACGAACGUCUCAAGGAGGAAGUCAUUGCUCAGGGCAUCGAGUUGCAGCGGCGCUGGAUUCGCGACAUCAAGGUCCGUGUUGAACAGGAACGUGGCGGGCGCCUUGCCAAGCUCGACGAGCUCGCAACAAAUCUGAAGCGUCUCGAACGUAUCGCCCUCGACAACUCCGACUUCCUCGACGAGAACAUCCGGAUUCACGCCCUUUGGUCUGCUCUCCGCGCGCUUACACACAACGUUGACGCUCCCGUCCGUAAGCCGUUCCGCGAGGAGCUGCGUGUUCUCCGACAUCUCGCCGCGGCGCGCGAGGACUCCCUGGUCUCAUCGGUGCUUGAGUCCCUGGAGUCAUCGGACGUCCCUGAUGUCGGCGUAGAGCCCUUCGCAGAUCUUGCAACAUGGUUCUCUACGUCGGUCGCCCCGGCCGUGAGCAGCGUCGCACUCGUUCCUGACCAGGAUGCGGGCGUCCUCAGCCACGUAGCAUCGCACCUAGUCUCGACAUUCACGUUCCACCGGCAAGGACUGGUUCCUGGUAAUGACGUCCUCAGCGUGAUCGCGAGAGCAGAGUACUACUUGAACGAGAAAGACCUUGACAAUGCUGCGCGGGAGUUGAACCAGCUCAAGGGACCUGCGAAGGUUCUGUUGUCUGAUUGGCUGGAUGCUGCCCGGAGAAGGCUGGAGGUAAAGCAAGCAUUGGAGGUUGUACAAGCACAAGCCACACUUGCAUCCCUGCUCGUAGCCCAGGACUAAAAUUUGUGCAGUCUGCUAGAUCCACUAUAAUUUUAGACUACUUACUGGACGUUGUGAAUGUGAGUGUACUAUUCUCGCUCAGUCAUCACGAUGCACGACGCCAAUGCUGCCGACUUGUGGAAUUUUUGGGAAGUACUGUAUCCUGCACCUUCCUUCUACCGCGACUUAUCCGAGCCUAAGCGCUUAUGGACCUGCCUUGAGUGUAAGUACACGCAUGCGUCUCGUAGCUUCGACCAGCGCCCAGCGCGAAGCCCUUUCCCUCGUGCGGCGACACGAAGCCAAAUCUUCCCCAUGUUGCUCAUGACUGCGGCUAUCUACGCGGACGUUAGAGCGUCAGGUCGUAUCAAGAGUAAACGGACGUCUCAAUACCUGC